CGGGCGGUACCGUACGUGUCAUCAAGUACCGUACCGGUUUAAAAUCGAGUCGAUAUCUGUUCAAGAUGGCAGCGCCCGGUGCACUCGUCAACAAGAAACGUCGGGAAUUCAUGAACAUGCCCGCUCCAUUGGGCUAUGUUCCUGGAUUGGGUAGAGGAGCUACUGGUUUUACAACUCGGUCUGAUAUUGGUCCAGCCAGGGAAGCCAAUGACAUAAGCGAUGACCGUCAUCCAGCCCCUAAGAAGAAAAAGAAGAAAGAUGAUGAUGAGAAUGCUAGUGAUGAUGAAGACUUGAAUGACAACAACUUUGAUGAAUUUACAGGAUAUGGUGGAAGUCUCUUCAAUUCAGGACCUUAUGAGAAAGAUGAUGAAGAAGCUGAUGCAGUGUAUGAUGCUAUUGACAAACGUAUGGAUGAGAAGCGCAAAGAAAGAAGGGAGAAGCGCCUUCGAGAAGAAAUUGAGAGGUAUCGUCAGGAAAGACCCAAGAUUCAGCAACAGUUCUCAGACCUCAAGAGAAAACUUGCAGAGGUGACAGAGGAUGACUGGAAUAGUAUUCCAACAGUUGGUGAUGCUCGUAAUAAACAUCAGAGAAAUCCUAGAGCUGACAAAAUGACCCCAGUACCAGACAGCUUCUUGGCGAAACAUUCCUUGGGUCAGGGUACUUCUACCACCAUGGAUGCACAGGUACAGAAGGGUAUCAAGACACCUUUCCCAGGCGCCAUGACACCAGGUAUGCUUACCCCAUCAGGAGAGUAUGAUAUGAGAAAGGUUGGUGAAGCAAGGAACACACUCAUGGGAGUCAAACUCAACCAGGUAUCAGAUUCUGUGGAUGGUCAGACUGUCGUUGACCCCAAAGGCUACCUUACUGAUCUUCAGAGUAUGCUGCCCUCAUAUGCUGGUGAUAUAUCCGAUGUCAAGAAAGCCAGGCAGUGGUUGAAGGCUGUCAGAGAGACAAACCCUAAUCAUCCUCCAGCCUGGAUUGCAUCUGCUCGUCUUGAAGAAGUGACUGGUAAACUGCAGGCAGCUAGAAACACCAUCAUGAAAGGUACUGAAGUGUGUCCUCGUAGUGAAGAACUCUGGCUAGAGGCAUCUAGAUUACAGCCUGGAGACACUGCUAAAGCAGUGAUAGCUCAGGCAGUGCGUAACCUCCCUGACUCUGUGCGUAUUUGGAUUAGAGCCGCAGCAAUAGAAGUAGAUACAAGGGCUAAGAGAAAGGUCUACAGGAAAGCCUUAGAACAUAUUCCCAACUCAGUCAGACUUUGGAAGGCUGCUGUGGAAUUAGAAGAACCAGAAGAAGCCAAGAUCUUGCUCAGUAGAGCUGUAGAAUGCUGUUCAUCAAGUGUGGAGUUAUGGUUAGCCCUUGCCAAAUUGGAACCUUACGACAAUGCCAGGAGAGUACUUAACAAAGCCAGAGAGAACAUUCCCACUGACAGAAAGAUCUGGAUUUCAGCUGCCAAACUGGAGGAAGCCAACAAUAAUAUGGGCAAUGUGAAGAAGAUCAUUGAUAGAGCAAUCACUUCUCUGAAAGCAAACAUGGUGGAGAUCAACAGGGAACAAUGGAUAGAAGAUGCAGAAGAAUGUGAGAAGGCAAGCAGUGUAGGAACAUGUCAAUCUAUUAUUCAAGCUGUGAUUGGAGUAAGUAUUGAAGAUGAAGACAGAGAGACAACAUGGAUGGAUGAUGCCGACAGUUGUGCAAGCCAUGGAGCCCAUGAGUGUGCGCGAGCAAUCUAUGCUCACGCUCUCACAGUAUUUCCAAGCAAGAAGAAGAUCUGGAUGGAAGCUGCUUAUUUUGAAAAGAAUCAUGGCACUAGGGAAUCACUGGAGACCUUACUUCAGAAGGCUGUAGCUCACUGUCCUAAGGCUGAAGUUCUUUGGCUUAUGGGUGCUAAAUCUAAAUGGAUGGCAGGUGAUGUGCCUGCGGCUCGUCGUAUCCUAGCCUUGGCUUUCCAGGCUAAUCCAAACAGUGAAGAGAUCUGGUUGGCCGCUGUCAAACUAGAGAGCGAGAAUAAUGAAGAUGAAAGAGCAAGAAGACUGCUGGCAAGGGCAAGGGACAGUGCCCCUACUGCCAGGGUGAUGAUGAAGUCUGCUAAGUUGGAAUGGCAGUUGGGAUGUCAGCAGAAGGCUUUGGAGCUACUGAGCAUUGGAGUUAAGGAAUAUGGUGACUUUGCUAAGCUGUGGAUGAUGAAGGGGCAAAUAGAAGAACAGCUUGGAAGUAAGGAAGAAAGCAGGAAGACAUACACUCAGGGUUUGAAGAAAUGCCCGAAGUCUAUCCCUCUUUGGCUCUUAGCAACCAGGCUGGAGGAGAAAGUUGGUAACUUGACCAAAGCCAGAGCACUCAUGGAGAAGGCCAGACUGACUAAUCAACAGUGUGCUGACCUCUGGCUUGAGGCUGUAAGAAUUGAGAACAGAGCAAACAAUAAAGCCAUAUCACUGUCUGUAAUGGCAAGGGCAAUGCAAGAAUGUCCAACCUCUGGUAUCUUAUGGGCGGAAUCUAUCUUCAUGGAGUCAAGACCACAGAGGAAGACAAAGAGUGUUGAUGCUCUUAAGAGAUGUGAACAUGACCCUCAUGUACUACUUGCAGUCUCCAAGUUGUUCUGGAGUGAACGUAAGUUGACCAAAGCAAGAGAAUGGUUCACUAGGACUGUUAAGAUUGAACCAGACCUUGGUGAUGCAUGGGCACACUUCUAUCGAUUUGAACUUCUUCAUGGAACUGAGGAUCAACAGAAGACAGUACGAGACAGAUGUAUCUUAGCUGAACCUCAUCAUGGAGAGAUAUGGUGUGCUGUCUCUAAGAGCAUUGAAAACUGGAGGAAAAAGACUGAUGAAAUCUUACCCAUCGCUGCAGACAAUGUUGCUGUUCCUUGAAAACUUGUAUCUGUGAGUUUUUGUGAACUGUGUGUGUCAUUUCAAUCAAAUCACUUAAAAUUGUUAAAAACUUCAAUCUAGGCUGCAAUUCAUUCUGCACUUAUUUCCCUUCUUUUCAAAAACUAUUUUUGUUAAUAUCAAGAAUCAUAAAAUAAGCAGAGGACAAGAGAAAUUAAUUUUAAAUUUUGGUAUACCUGUAUACCUUUGAGUGUAGGCUUAUUUCAUAGUCAUAAUUAUGAUCAAACCUUUAGCCCUGUGAUGAGCCCCUAAAACAGCUUUAUGAAUAUGUACAGGUUCUAGUGUUUGAGUAAUACUGUCUUAAACCUGACCUGCCAAUAUGGCGGCAUUCACAUGACACAGGAAGUUCGCUGGCGAAACUUUGCUUGUGUGUAUUUUCUUUCUUCUACACAUUACCAGUUCAGUGGCCUACAUACAAUGUACAUGUGUAUAUGUGCAUGUUGGCUGAAAAUUUGUUCUUUAAUAUUUGUAUUAAUAGUUAUUGACCCAGACAAUAGUUUUAAUGUAAAAUUCAAACAUUCUAAUUCAGUUUUAGUGAUCAUGUUUAAAUCUUAUCUAAAGGCCAUCGCACACCUUACGAUUCGACUGGUCUACGACUGGCUUGCGACUGAGUGAGGGGAGAUGUGACGUCGCAGACCAGUCAGAGACAAAUCACAAGGAAAAUCAUAAGGAUUUGACAUGUUAAAUCCUUACAACUGGAUCGCAAGGUCAAUCCAUCUUCCAGCCAAUCAGACAGCAGAAUACCGACGCGUACAUGAUAUUCAGCGCACAUACGCAGUAGUGUCAUUUUCUCAGUUGCUAUAGCAAAAAACAAAAGGCGCAUGUGUGAGUCGUAGACAGCAUGGAAGUCUGAUCAUAAGGUGUGCGGUGUCAAGGCUUAUGACUACCUUGCGAUUCAUUUCCCCUCACUCAGUCGCAGACCAGUCGGGUCGUAAGCUGUGCGGUGGCCUUAACAUUUGUAUGAAGAAUCUGCAAUUAAACAAUAUUUCAUUUAUUGUUUUUUUAAGUUUGAUCAUAUGUUAAAUUUUUUUCUUAAUUUUUUUUUGCAAAUUAUACUAUGGGUAAAACAAAAUUAAAUAAUGAUAUUUGUCCAAGAUACUUACAUUUAGUAUCAAUUUUUUUCUUUGUUAAAAAGGAGAGUAAAUUUGUGCGGUAUACUUUUAGUUUGAUUUAUUCUUUGGUUAUUUCUUUUGAGCUUUUUAAUCUUUAUGGUUUCAAAUAUUUUUUCACAAAACUCCCCACACGUAAAAGAUGUUUCUGCAAACUGGUCUAUUGUGAACACCAUUUUCAUUUAAAGGGUAGCUUAUGCAAACAUUUGAAUCCAGAAAAAUAUAGAAUAACAAAUAAAAUGUGUAUAAAUAAUCUGGGGUGUAAACUUCAGAAGAUUACCCUGAAAUAUGUUUUCUUAAGAAUCAUAGGAACUCAUAUUGAUAUCAAACAUUCAAAUGCCAAUUGAUCUUUUCCUAUUCUUUUACAGUUAAAAUAGAAGUCUUGUACACAUUUCCUGGUAAAGAAACUGAUUUUGUAUCAUGUUUAUCUCUGUGUAUUAUGUACAGUUCCUUAUUAAUGUAUGAAGGUACUUGGAAACAAACCUAAUGAAGACGUUUCUUGUAAAAAUAUACAUGGCAUAUCUUCUGUA